AUGGUACUGUUGGCAAAGAUCACUAGAUCACAGACUGUUGAAUUGUACAAGUGGUUCCCCCCCAUGUGCUCUUAUAGGCCAGGGGUUUAUCCCAGGGAAUAUUCUAACUACCUAAUGGUAGAUGCUUUAGGAAACUUGGCUGCCAAGGUGUUUAUCAACUUCACCACCAAGGCAAGCCCUACCAACCACAUUAGGACUGAAAUGUAA